AUGAUUAAGAUUCGGAAAAUAUUUGGGCUGGAAGACAUUUCUCCCGGGACAAAAGGAAAGGGUAAUAGUGAUUUCGGAAACGACUCGGAAACUGAUAUUUAUGUCCUUAUCUGCUUAAAAAAUCUAACCACUUUAAAAAUUCCCGCCAAAUUCCUUAUUGCUCGAGUACAAAGCCCAGUCCUCGGAGGCGCCUUUCACUCCCCCACCACCCCACCACCACCUCUCUCUCCCACCACCCCACCACCCCCUCCUCCUCCCCCACCACCCCGUCCUCCUCCACCUCCUUCACCCCCUCCUCCCCCACCACCCCGUCCUCCUCCUCCUCCACCUCCUCCCCCACCACCCCGUCCUCCUCCUCCUCCACCCCCUCCUCCCCCACCACCCCGUCCUCCUCCUCCACCACCUCCUCCUCCCCCACCACCUCCUCCCCCACCACCCCGUCCUCCUCCUCCACCCCCUCCUCCUCCACCUCCUCCUCCCCCUCCUCCCGGAACCCCUCCUCCCCCCUCCUCCUGGACUGCCUCCCCCUCUUAUCGGCUCCUCCCGCCCCCUCCUCCGACUCCUCCACCUCCUCCUCCCCCUCCUCCCGCUCCUCCCCCUCCUCCUCCUCCCCCCCUCCCGGCUCCUCCCCCUCCUCCCGGACUCCUCCCCCCUCCUCCCGGGCUCCCCCCCCCUCCUCCCGGACUCCUCCCCCCUCCUCCGGACUCCCCCCCUCCCCCGGGGCCCCCUUCCCCCCCUCCGUUCCUCCCCCCUCCCCCCGGGGCCCCUCCCCCUCCUCCCGGACCCCUCCCCCUCCCCCGGACUCCUCCCCCCCCUGGCUCCUCCCCCCCCCUCCCGGACUCCCCCCCCCCUCCUCGGACUCCUCCCCCCUCUUCCCGGACUCCUCCCCCCCCUCCCCCCUUCCUUUCCCCCCCUCCCGGACUCCUCCCCCUCCCCCCGGAUCCUCCCCCUCCCCCUCCUCCCCCUCCCCCUAAACUCCCCCCCCCUCCCCCGGGACUCCUCCCCCCCCUCCGGACUCCCCCCCCUCCUCCCGCCUCCUCCCCCCCUUCCCGGACUCCUCCCCCUCCUCCGGACCCCCCCCCCUCCCCCCGGACUCCUCCCCCCCCCCCCCUUGGACCCCCCCCCUUUUCGGGGCUCCCCCCCCCUCCCCCCGGGACUCCUCCCCCUCCCCCCGGACUCUCCCCCUCCUCCCGGACUCCUCCCCCUCCACCCCGGGCUCCUCCCCCUCCCCCCCCUCCCCCUCCUCCCGGACCCCCUCCCCCUCCUCCUUGGGCUCCUCCCCCUCCCCCCGGGGACCCCCCCCCUCCUCCCCGGACCCCUCCCCCUCCCCCCCCUCCCCCUCCCCGGCCUCCCCCUACUCCAGGGAGAAGCCAGGCGCGCGCCCGUCCCCGCCGCCGCCGUAAAACUGAGAUGGUGCGCCCUAAGGACGGAGGGCUGCCCGCCGGGGCCGCCUCUCGAAGGGCGUCCCGUGCUGGAGAUGUCUGCGGUAACAAAUUCUUUGCUCUGAAGAAGGGACUAUGCUCGUGUGUUCAACCUAGAUCCCAGAGCACUGUAAGCACUGAAAAAAAAUCUGAAUCUAGAGACAGAUCAUCACUGACUUCAUCUCCGUUGUGGCAACUCCUGCAACAGCACUACGGCCAAGCUGCACUGGCUCUUACCCUAACCAUGGAUUGUAUCAAUGUUGCUCAGAGGAGCGACCUGCUGUGUAUGAACUUUUUAAGUGGCACUUUCAAGUUUCCAGUAACAAAGUUUUUGAUGAGUCUGACGUUGACAGAUUCCGCCCGCGUCCGAAAGCGCUGCUCCUUAAUCCCAGCCACCAACACGGCACAGAAGCGUCUCGAAGUCAUCGCCGCCUCGCCUUCCUCUUCGCGCACCCCACGUAUCCGGACACAGCAGUCUCCCCGUGUCCGGAAAUAG